GUGGAGUAGAUGUAAGGGAGACUUAGUAGUGACUGUCUGUCGAGACCGAGGGCUACAGUAGGAGAUGGUACAGGAGGAGGAAGAGUUAGAGAAGGUGAAGAGAGAGAGAGUGAGAGACAGAUUCGAGAGAAAGAGCGAGAGAGAGAGACUCACAAACUCAGUUAGCAUUUGCCUUCCUUCGCGGUCUAUGGUGGACGUUGUAAUCUCCCGAGUCGCUUGGAUCGGCUUCGCUGGAGUUCACAUGACUAUGGACAAGGAGUUAUAAAUCCUGUUGAAAUGGGCCGUCUACCCUUUACCCACGGGAUUCUGCACUCUGGCUGCUGCUCUGAGCCUGUGCUUGUUGAUAGUACACAGCUCUGAAGUCCCUUCCCAGAAGGUUACCACUCAAGCGAGGGGAAGGAGAAGCGAAGCUCCAUCUCCAACCACGCCCAACAUAAUUGACAGAUUCGCCCUGACAGCUAAGACCAAAUGGGAGAGUCUCUGGGGUCUUAGCAAAGAGGCUCCCUCUGAGGUCUUGAGUUCCCCGGCGCAGACGUCGUCGACUGAAGAAGGACAAGAAGAUGGUGAUGACGUCUUCGAGAAGCUGUUCCUGGAGGAUCCCUUCUUCGAUUUGGACUAUUCUUCUCAAGAGGAAGAGGAUGAAGAAGAAGAAGAAGAAGGUGAAGAUAGUGAGAUAGGUCUCCAGAGAGGGUUCCUCGAAGACCCUUACUUCGAUCCUGAUGGCUCUCAGCAAGACGUCGAUGAUGGUGAAAUGGAUAGUGAGGACGACGACGAAGAAGAAGAUGAAGACGAGGUCUUCGAGGAGCAAUUUCUCAAGGACCCCUUCUUCGACUUAGGCAAAUCCCACCAGUACGACCUCGACGGAGAGGACGACCUCGGAAAAGAGGAGGAAGAGGUCAGGAAUGAAAACGACCCAGGGGACACAAUUUCCAGAGCCCCCUUCUUCGACGUCGAGCGCCCCCAGCAGCACGACGUCUUCGACAUCAAGCGAAUGAAGCGCAGGCUUCAGCUGAAGAAGCACGGGAACCACCAGAAGAUGAAGAAGGACAUGAAGCAGAGGAGGAAGAAGAGGAAUAAAAAGAAGAAGAAGGAGACGCAGAAGCAGAAGAGGAAGAAGUACAUGAAUGAGGCAGCCGACGCCCGCAGGAUGGAUAGACUCCGGGAGGCGAAGACGAAGGCGACGCAGGCGGAGAAGCACCUGGAGUUCUUCCGAAGGGAGAAGAAGUCUCGGGGGCACGUGUCCCCCGUCCCCGGGGGGAGGUACCUAAGGCCUCCUCCACCUCCUCCUCCUCCUCCUCCUGCUGAUGAUAGGCCUAAUAUUAUCCUCAUCGUGGCGGAUGAUUUGGGUUACAACGACGUGCCCUGGCACAACCCAGACGUGAGGGCGCCCAACAUCCGGAAGUUGGCCCGCCAGGGCAUCAUCCUGGAGAACCACUACGUCCUGCCCCUCUGCACCCCGUCCAGGGCGGCUCUCCUGACGGGGGUAUAUCCCUUCAGAUAUGGAAAGCAGGCGGGCGAGUCCUUGCCCCUCAGUCCUACAGGACUCAACACUUCCAUCACCCUGCUACCGGAACGCCUCAAGGAUUUGGGAUACAGCACCCAUCUCAUUGGAAAAUGGCACUUGGGUUACUGCAGCUGGGAUUACACCCCAACCAGGCGAGGAUUCGAUUCCUUCUACGGCUACUACUUGGGUAGCCAAACCUACUACACUCAGUACAAGAAGAUGGGCCGAAGAAAAGGAUCUCUCUUCUGGUGGGACACCAACGAGGUCGACGACCUCGAGUACGACGACUACGAGGAGAGUCAGGACCAGGCCUCUGAGAACCUGAAGGACGACCAGCGCAAGAAGAUGGAGGAGUCGAAAAGGGGUCAGGGAAGGAGGAGGUUCCGCGGAUAUGGCAGUCAGGACGACAAUGGCGGGAAGGGACUCCGGUUGAACGAACUGCCCCUCGCUAACGUCUCGGGAUACUAUUCAAACGAUCUCUACGCCGCCAGAGCCGAGGACGUGAUCCGAGCCCACGCUGUAGAAGACGGCGUGGCCAAGAGUCCCCUCUUCAUGAUGCUCGCCACCCAAGCCGUCCACGGGCCCAUCCAGGUGCCCCUGAAAUACCGACGAAGGCACACGGCGACCACGAAGAACCUGGCCCGGAGGACCUUUUUGGGAAUGGUGGAUGCUCUAGACGAUGUGGUUGGAAGGGUCGUCGAACAGUUGAAGGUUUCCGGCCUCUAUCAGAAUACCGUCAUAAUCUUCACAACUGAUAACGGUGGCAACAUCCAGGCAGGUGGAAACAACUUCCCUCUUCGAGGUAGCAAAGGAGGCCUAUACGAGGGAGGUACCAAAGGAGUGGCCUUCAUUCACUCCCCUCUCCUCCCCAAGUCUGGCUUUAAAUAUAAUGGGAUGAUGCACAUUGUAGACUUGCACGAAUCCAUCCUCCACAUUGCUAGGAAUGGCGCAUCCUUGUCCCGCGGGCCGGGGUGGCGAAGGGAACUCCUGGAUUCCUAUUCGUGGGGCGAAGACAGAGACGGAAUAGACGUGUGGCCCGCCAUACUGACCAACACCGACUCCCCGAGGAACUCGUUUGUUUACAACGUGCGCAAGAAGCCACUUCGGGGAGCCAUCAGGAGGAGAAACUGGAAACUGAUCAUAGGCGAAGGCGGGAAGUUCGAUGGCUGGGUACCGCCGACAGAUGUCUCUGCAGGAGCUCAGGGCAUCGACGAGGAAGGCAAGUGUUGUUCCACUUGGCACUCGAGGAUCAGGGACAGGCACCUCGCCCUCUACAACCUCAAAGAUGACCCGUUAGAAACGACCGACGUCUCGUAUCUCAACCCGAACGUGACGUCGACUCUCAAAUCCCUCCUGAAGAAGUACGCCUCCCAGAGCCGCCAGCCCCACUUGCCCAGAGAGGAUCCUCUGGGACAUCCUAGCCUCCAUGGAGGGUUCUUCUCGCCUGGCUGGUGCCAAGCGAUCAUCUAGGUCUCUUGGCGGAAUAUUUUCUAGAAAUAUAAAAAACCUAGAGACAUAAAACGCCCAUUUUACGAAAAUUGCAGGUUUCUGCAGUUUUUUGGGGUCACUGGUGUGUGCCUGCGUGUGUUUGUGUGUGUAUGACUAGGCUGGCUAUCUGUUGUUGAACUUCGCAGUUCCUAUUGUUCAUUCAGAUCGUGAAAAUUUGAAGUUUUUGCAGUUUUUUUUUUUUGGGGGGGGCCAUUUUGUUUGUGUAUAAUGCCGGCUAUCUGUAUCUGUCUUUGUCAUGGGAGUACCAUAUUUAAACCGUAUAUGACGUCGUCUUGGUCAGUACCAGAAUUGUGGUAAUUGAGGAGUUUCAAGAUGACCGCUGGAAAUACCAAGACGAUAUCAUUCACUCAAAGAUCAGUGAUCUAAUUGUUAAUCAGAUCAGUGGCUUUAAACGCACUAAAGCCUUUUUCUAUGUGUACCUAUUCUUCCUUUUUCAGUGCGUAAAUGGAAGUAAUAUUACAUAGAAUAUCCAGUUAAAGUUCAGUUUGGAGCAGACUAAGUUCAAAGUUCUACGCUACUGAUUAAACACAUCACAGAAAUUAGUGAAGUUUCCGAGUGGCGUGAUAGACUUUCCAAGAAAGUAUUAUGUGACGAUAGAUAUUUAACAUAUUUAGGAACGAUUUCCUCUGCAAGAUUGUUGCAAGACUGAGCUGUCAUCAUUAAAGAAAGUCCGUAUCGAAGAGACAGGUUCCAGGUAACUGAAACAAAAUAGGUCUGUCGUCAUGUUUGCAUGCAUAAUAAUUAUACACUGCAACAAGACAAGCGAGAAAUAUCAUAAUCAUAUUUAAAGAUUAUUUAUUCAUUACAGUAUUCAAAACUAACUGUUAUGACGAGCCAUAAAAAAAUGACAAGGAUAAAAUGCAGCCAUACCUGUGUGUAACUGCUCUAGGCAAGCCCACAUCGACCAGUGCAAUAGUAGUUAAGGCCAGGAUUACACUGUCUCUCUCUGAAGUGUUUAUUGAUACCACGCUAUCUCUAGUGGUAUAGUUUUUUGCAUUUAACUGAAGCUAAUGUGGAUUAGUAUUACAACUGCUAUAAAUUUAGAGAAAGUAACUUUUACUACGCAAAUUAUGUAGAUGAAUAUUUAUUCACUUUACAUCCAUACAUAUAUACUAUAUACAUGAGUCUAAACUCUAAAGCCUUAAACCAAUAUGUUUUUGUAGCCCCACACAUUUUAUGAUUGAAUUGUUUCUCUAUAGUAUUGCUAUGGUAUUGUUACUCAGUCGUGUUAACAAGCCAGAUUGGAGAGUUUCCUUUAAAGAACUGUUAAAACUAAACAUCGUUAUGAUUCGUAAUUUUUAGAAUUUUAGUAUACUGAAUUAUCAAGUUUUUCUGUAUUUCCGUUGUAAAACAAAAACAAGAAAGUUAUUUAAUUCCAGUUUCAAUGUACGUAUAUGUAUUCCAACCGUAUAUUCCGAAUGCAUAUGC